GGAUAGAAAGAAAAAUAUUGUACUGUUUUAGUUGUCCAUCGUCAUGGCUCCAUUUAUGUGGGCUUUUAGAGGAAAUCUUCACCGGUUAUUUAAUGAUAUUCAAUUAGUUCAAUAUUUAUUUAUAUUAUUUGGAUUAUUUCAUUUAUCAUUAGGUCUUUAUGAAGAUCAAGUUGGAAAAUUUGACUGGAGACAAAAUUAUGUCGGUCAAAUAAAAUUUGCUGAUUUUGAUACAGUGUCAACAGCCAAAAAAAUUAUUGUAGCUACUGAAGAAAAUGUUAUCGCAGCACUUAAUUUAAAAUCAGGAAAAAUAUUAUGGCGACGUGUUCUUGAACGUGGUUAUGCUGGUAAAAUUCAUGCACUGGGUGGUGUUGCUAGUGGUGAUUUGAUAUCUGUCAGUGGAAGUGUUCCUGCAAUUGUUCGUGUAUGGGAUUUAACUGCUGGUCAUAUUAUCAAUGAAUGGACAUUUGCUGAGCAAAACCCAGAAGGAAUUGAAGAUGUCAAGUGGCACAUUAAAGAUGGAACAUUACAUCAUAUUCUACCAAUUUAUGGUAGUGGAGUUGAGGUGAUUUCUUAUGACAGUAAAACUGGUGAAAAAUUAAAAACACGAAUUGUACCAGCACCAUUUGUAUCAUCCAAAGAAAAAUGUGUUUUAGCAGCUCCUUAUAUUGCUUGCCUCGAAGGCGAUGAAAAAUUAUCAGUUUUAUUUAUGAUUAAUCUGUUUGAUAAUAAUUCAUCUACACAAUCAAUAACAAUUAAUAAUAUAUUUGGUGCUGGUGCACAAGGACCGUUUCAUUUGGAAACUGUACGAGGUGAUGAAACAUUAUUAGCAAUUAGUGCUGAUGGUGAUCAUAGAAAACGUGUAUUAAUUAUUAGUGAGACACCUGUAGUCAUUCCAAAAGACAUUGAUCAAGAUACAUCGCUAUAUGUAACAGUUGCAGAUAAUGAAAAAAUUUUGCUUCAAACAAGUUACAAAGAUCAAGCUACAAGUAUCAAAGCGAUUAAACUAUCAACAUUUGAAGAAGUAGAAGAGCUAUCAACAAAAAUAACUCACAAUUCCAUUUACUCACCAAAUAUCAUGGCUUCAAUAUGUCCAAAAAUAAAUAAGGCUGUAUCUUGUCGUCAUUUUAUAUCAUCAAAAGAUCACAGUAUUGGAUUCAUUCAAUAUAACAGAUUAAUAUGGUCAAGAGAAGAGGCACUUGCAAGUAUUUCUGUUGUUGAAUUUAUGGAACUUCCUAUGUCAGACAGGGAUCAAACAAUCGAAACAGAAUUUGAUCAAAAAGAAAGGGAUAUUAUUGGAAUGAUGAUACGACGAAUGACUGCACAAUUUCAUCAACUUGUUUCUCUAUUUUUAACAAUACCACAACAAUCAAAUCAACGUGAAGAUCUAGUCAGAGAUAAAUUUGGAUUGCAUAAAAUGAUUGUUGCUGCAACAACAGCAGGAAAGAUAUUCGGAAUUGAGUCGACAAAGGGUGAAAUAAUUUGGCAAAUACGAGUUGAUAAUAUUGCAAGUACAAAAAAAAAUAAUAAACCAAUGAUUUUAUAUGUUCAACGAGGAAGUAGACAUUAUCCUAAUCCACCACAAUGUGCUUUAUUAGCUAGUGAUACGAAUACUGGUGAUGGUAUUAUUUAUACAUUCAAUCCAAUAAGUGGACAGCCAUUGGAGGGCUUAAUUAAAUUGAAUUACAAAAUUAAACAAUCAAUGCUUUUACCUGAUGUAACUGAUGAUUUUCUAAAGGGUAUACUUAUAUUAGAUUCAAAAGAUAAAGCUCAUGCUUAUCCAGAAAGUGCAACUCAAGUUGCUGCUGCAUCUGGUAAAAAUACAUAUAUAUUCACUGCCGAUAAAGAGACUGGAAUUUUAUCAGGUUUUUCACUUGCCUAUAGUACUCCAGAAACAUUAAUAACUAAUAAAGUUUGGGAAAUUGUAUUGUCACCAAAAACUCAAAAAAUAACAAAUGUUGUAUCUAAAAAUCCAAUUGAGCAUGUACAUUCACAAGGACGUGUACUUGGUGAUCGUUCAGUACUUUAUAAAUAUGUUAAUCCAAAUCUUGUUGCAAUUGUUACUGAAGGUGUUGGUAGUUCAUUAAAAAAUACACUUAAUCUAUAUUUAUUAGAUGUUGUAUCUGGUACAAUGAUAUUUUCACUUGUUCAUAAAAGAGUUAAAGGACCAGUUAAUCUUGUUCAUUCAGAAAAUUGGAUUGUAUAUAGUUAUUUUAAUGAUAAAAGCCGUAGAACUGAAAUUGCUGCAUUAGAACUUUAUGAAGGAAAAGUACAAAGUAAUACAACUGUAUUUUCAUCAUUAACAACAACAAGAUUACCAAUGGUUGAAAGACAAGCAUUUAUAUUUCCAGCAACAAUUGAAACAAUGCGUGAAACAAUUACUGAAAAAGGAAUUUCAAGUAAACAUAUAUUAGUUGCUUUGGCUAAUGGUGGUAUAUUAGAAUUACCGUGGAUGUUGGUUGAUCCAAGAAGACCAACUAAUCCUGAACUUCGUGAAGAGGGUGUCAUUCCAUACAUGCCAGAAAUUCCAAUUCAAAUGGAUGCCAUAAUUAAUUAUAAUCAAAGUAUAUUUAGAAUUUCUGGUAUUUAUACAAGUCCAAGUGGCCUUGAAAGUACAUCUUUAGUUUUUGCAUAUGGUCUUGAUUUAUUUUAUACAAGAGCUGCACCAUCAAAAACAUUUGAUGUUUUAAAAGAAGAUUUUGAUUAUUAUUUAAUUGUCAUUGUUCUUGCAGCACUUUUGAUAUCAUCAUAUGUUACCAAAAAACUUGCAUCACAAAAAGCCCUAAAACAAGCAUGGAAAUAAAGCAAUAAAAUUUUAAUAAUAAUAAUAAUUUAAAUUAAAUACAUUGUUCUAUAUGUUGGUAAAUAGAUUUCAUUAAUUUACAUUGUAAAUUUAAUUUAUAUAUUUGAAUUUGAAUUAAAAAGAAAAAAAAAACAGGAUAUUUUUGUUCUGUUUUUUUUUUUAAGUUUAAGACCUUCCAUUUUUGUAAUUGCCUUCCAAAAUUCAUAGAACACGUUACCAUAGAGAAACAAAAAAUAUUAUAUAUAAAUAUAUUUCUUAUCAGAUUUUUAAUAAUCUAUUGAUAAUAAUAUAUAAUUAAAGACCAAAGUAACUAUACUAAAAUUAAGUUUUUAGGAUAAUUAAUAUCUAACAAAUGAUCUCACAUAACUGAUGAACAAUUAAAUAAAUUUGUACAAAAAUAAUAAUAAUAACUCAUUUUGUAGAAGGAAUUUAAAAAU